AUGCCACCAAAGUUCGACCCAACUGAGAUUAAGAUCGGUAAGUAGGCUCACUGAUUGGUAACAUUUUAAAAUUAAAAUGAGUAGAAUAAGCUAUUUUGUAUGCUGAUGGUUUCAAAGCCGACUUCCAGUUUUAUGCAAAUUCGAAAAGUAUUGAAAUUUAUUUCGUCAUCAAAUUCAAAGAGUACAGAGUAUAAUUUUAAAAAAUAAAUUUCGAAAAUUCGAUGAUGCAAUUUUCAGUGUACCUCCGUUGCGUCGGAGGAGAAAUCGGAGCCACCUCCGCUCUUGCCCCGAAGGUCGGACCGCUCGGUCUGUCGCCAAAGAAGAUCGGAGAAGACAUCGCCAAGGCCACUCAAGACUGGAAGGGUCUUAAGGUCACCUGCAAACUGACCAUCCAAAACCGUGUCGCCAAGAUCGAUGUCGUCCCAUCUGCCGCUUCGCUCAUCGUCAAGGAGCUCAAGGAGCCACCACGUGACCGCAAGAAGGUCAAGAACGGUACGCAUUUCAUGCGUUGGGUCGGGAGUCGAUAUGCUCUCAUCCCCUGGUCUUUUAUUUCAUGAGUUUUUUCUUGACUUAAAGACUGGUAACCCUAAGUGAUUUUCAUGCUCCGUGAGUUUGAUUUUUCCUGGGUAUUCGGUGUUGUCUUGUCCCCAACCUGAAGUUUUAGAAAUUUGGUUAAAAGUUUGCACGUUACCAUUUCAGUGAAGCACAAUGGAGAUCUCACUAUUGACACCGUCAUCAAGAUCGCCAGAAUCAUGAGACCGAGAUCCAUGGCCAAGAAACUCGAGGGAACCGUAAAGGAGAUUCUCGGUAUGCUGUCUUCACUAUUUCAUAUUUUAUUAUUCACAUUUCAGGUACCGCUCAGUCCGUUGGAUGCACCAUCGAUGGACAGCACCCACACGACAUCAUCGAGUCGAUCGCCAACGGAGAGGUUGAGAUCCCAGCUCAGUGA